AUGGAUUAUAAGUCGGGCAGAAGACUGUUCCCCCACCCUGAUGAAAUCCAUUCGUCCUUGUCACGUCAGAGAUGGCCUCGGUUUCCUCUUGCUCACUCCCACCCAGUCGUGGAGACUGCCGGCCCAUCUCAGCAAGCAAACUCUUAUCGCUACGAGUCAGCUGUAGACGACUCUGCCCGGGCGUAUCGCACGACUGCUUUGCGUCACUUGAGUGAAAAUUCCAGGCCCCUCGCGUGGAAUCACGGACAAGUAACUCAAACUGGCGGUGGCCACCCAACCUCACCCUCGCAGCCCGUCUUGGUUCGGGCCUAUUCCGGUGGCCCUGGGGAUAGUGCGAAAACGUCAAAGAUGUCUCUACGGCGGUCGUUCCCAUUCACCAGCCGCGCCGAAACCCCAAGGCGAGGUCCGGAACUUCCUUCGGACGAGGACUUCAGCAUCGAUGGCAUUCUACGGGCUAUUGAGCCUAAUAUUCGCCAUACCUUGGACUCAAUUGGGGAGAUCUGUGGACGGAGUAAGCUCAGUUUAGCCAACGAAUAUGGUAGCCAUAUAGCGCCCCUUGGCGAAAUCCGCGCGCCUCCUAGCGGCCUGAUGCCCGUGGACGAAGCUAGCUCGGAACAUGAAAGACAGGCCAACGAUAAUGUGGUUAUUUACGAUGAUGACCAUAGCGUUAUGGAUGGGAGGGAUCACCGUUCACCCAUGCAAUUUGGAUUUAUGGAGAAUGCUCGGCAGAGUACAGUAUCUCGUAACGCUGGAUUUCAAUCAAUGCCACCGUAUUACGGUGCAGACGGAUCGUCUGUCCAAGUACACCCCGACACUCCACGAUCCAUGGGCUUUAAUACUACCGUGGAUUCGGCUUCUGCGCUGGGGCCACUCCCUGCAACGCGAGAAAUUGCAUCCAGGUCAAAGUCAUGCGGCCGGGUAUUGUUGGCAACGAAUGCUGAAUCGAGCACAGACGACCGAAGACGAUUGAUUCAAACACCGGCUCUUGUGUCUGAGGUUCUCUUAGAUGCUCACGCCAAUGGACACCCUUUGGGAACGGAACCCACUAUUAUGCAAAGCCAGGCCCUCUUCGGAAGCAACUCAGACUCUGAUGUAGUGCGAAGAAGCUGGGGUCAGCCGGCAGUAGGACUAUCUGUGCUGGCGGAUGUUUUCGGCUGGCUAAAAUAUGCUGUGCGCGACGGGUCAGACUCUGGUCAAACUCUGCCAACAGCUGAGAUGAGACUGCGCGCGAUGCUUGAGCGACAGCGGGACCUGGACUCUUCCAGAGUAUUUGCAAAUGAUGAUUAA